UUACUGGUUUCCACGGAAACCGCUGGUAGCUAAUGAUGGCCCCUCGGUCUCAGACCCGAGAACAGGCCUGAGUGAUAAUCGUCAAUUGUUGCUGAAAUGUCAGAUACUAGUUCACUUCUUCUGUGACUCCUUCCGACGAAGAGUACAUAUCAUACAGUCUGCCUUUUCAUUAACCUGGAGUAUUUUGAAACUUUUAUGAUGUCUCAGAACAGUCUAUUAGAAGAGAUCUGCCAGUGGAAUGAGGAGAUGUGUAAGAAAAAGAUGGGAACUGUUCUCUCUGAACUUAUUUCUAUAUAUCAGAAUGAUGAAAGCAGUAAUGAACAAUUACGAAUAUUGAAGAUUCUCACAGGCAAGUUUCUGCCACACAUCAGCCUUUUUGAUAUAGAGCAUACCUUCUUUUCUGAGGUGUUACCCAAGGCCAUGACAUUGUUUGAUGAGCUUGCAAGUAAAUUAUGUCAACAGGCAGGAGCAUUAUCCAGUCAGAACAGUGAACUGCAGGCAGUACUGAGGAACGCUAUACAGACUCAAGUCCAACUUUUGGAAGUUUUGAUGAAUAUUGUGCAGCAUAUGUGCACUCUUGAGGAAGCUCUAACCUUGUCAAGCGUCCAUUCAUUAUCUCUGGCUGUCUUUCAUGUCCUGAAGAAUACCUUUAGUCAUUGCAAGGACAGUGAGACUUUGUACGGUGGUCACUUGCACUUGGUUGCAGACCUGCUACAAUGUUUAUUUAAGGAAGCAUAUUCCCUUCAAAAGGGGUUCAUGGAACUCUUGGAUCGGAUAGUUUUGGAAUCAACAGGUGCUUCUGAUGAUGAUAUUGCAUGUAUGGUGGUAGUAGUUCACAACAUUUUGAAGAUUUGUUCAGUCAUUUCCAAAAUGGAUCAUGCUUUACAUGCUAACACAUGGAAAUUCCUUAUUAAAAUAAGUGUGAAGCACCGGGCAUUGAUUGAGACAAAGCUGCCACAUGAUGAGCUUAUUACUGGUCUCUGUGAGGACAUUCUCUAUUCUUACAACUCGUGUCUGCAAUUAGCUGAACAAAUUCACCAAUCUACAGGAAUGGGCAAUACAAAUACAACUGAUUGCAAACUCUUCCAGAAGACCAUGAAGCUCUGCCGUUUUUUUGCCAACACAUUGGUGCAUUAUGUCAAGGAAUUUAUUGAUUUCCUUUCAAGUUCUUGUCAUCGUCUGCACCAUUUUUACCUUCAGAUGUACAGUAAACUACCUCCAAGUUUGUAUGCACCGGUUUUGUCUGAUGAACUAUAUGAUCAACUUGCUUCCAUUGUCCCAGUUGCUUUGGAUACUCUUAUGUCUCAGCUGCUAUCAUUCAGGCCCUUUGUGGAGACAGUUUUACAAAUCAACCAAGAUUUCAGUUUGGAGCUGGCCCUUCCACAAUGUUUGCUGCUGAUUAAUAUAAUAGGCAAACUUUCCUCGCAGUCCUGUGAGAUUCAAAGUCUUUGGUGUUCUGGCAGCCAGUUUUCAGAGGAAAAGCCAAGGUUACCUUUGGUCCAUGUACUGUUUCAUAACUUCCACCGAUGCUAUGCAGAGCUUUCUUUGCCAGUGCAGUUGCCAGGAGUAAUGAGUAAUGGACAGGCUCUAAAAAAUAUCAGCCUUUAUGAAUAUGUAUGCACUCAUCUGUGCUCCUUUAUCACGUCUCUUCCAGCUUCUCUUUUUCCAGAUUUGGAGUAUGCUUUAUUGGAUGCUGUACUCAAUCCUCAUAUGUUAACUGCAUUACUGGCUGCAGAUGCAUGGUGUUUUCUUGCACGUUAUGGAAGUGCUGAACUUUGUGCCCAUCAUGUGUCUCUCAUAGCCCAGUUGGUAAAAUCUUGUUCUGGAGAGUGUUACCAGCUGUCCCAUCUAUCCUUACUGCUCCGUCGUAUGUUUUUUCUCAUGGCAGCAAACCACCAGGCUCUAUUUACAGACACAUUUUCUCCUAAGGACCCUAGCAACUUAUUGAUAUGGUGGCAAGUUAGUGUUAAAGCUCUCCCUGCUGACCUUCAGAAACCUGUCACUUCUGACAUCAUCAGGACAGCGGUUGAUCAGUGCCUAAAGUGGCAGAGUAGCAAGCAUACCUUGGGAGAAUUGGAACAAGUGAAUGUUGCACUUGCUGCUAUGGUCGCUGUGUGUCAUGCCGAUGGGGAAGCCUUGACUUCAGAGUUGCAAUUAUUGAUCACAGAAGUACUUGGUCCAAUGUGGUCAGUCCUCACUGUGGAACAGGUCCUGAGCCAGCGUUGUAUUCAGCAGACAACCUCUCUGCUUCUUUCUCUCGUUUCACUGUUGAUUCAAGCAGUAGGGCCAUUAUUGAUAGCUCAGGUGGUAUUAUUCCUCAAUUCCCUUCUUCCUCUGAAUCCCCCUGAUAUUGUUCGUAUUGCUGCGCUGGACUUCUUAAGUUCCCUUGGAAAGAUAAUUAUACCACCAGAUGUUCAGCAUGCAGUCCUUCUGAAGCUGCCUUGCCUCUUUGCAUCCCUUCUAGAAGACAAAUCCUGGCUAAUUCUUCAACAUGCACUACAAGGAUUCACAUUGUUUGCUGAGAAGACAUGCCAUGAGGAAGUGGUUCCUCAAAGCCUUGAGUCAGGAGAAUCAAAGUGCAGAGUUGUAAGCUUCUUGAACAAGGUGAUCACAACAGUUGAAUCCAAGGAAUUACAAGUGGAAAGGUUAAAACAACAAAAUGCAAUUCUAGAUGCACAUUUCACUCACCUAAAUCGAUGUGCAGUGAAUGACUCUGUGGUGGAGCCAUCUGCUAAACGUGCCCGGUUGGAACAAUUUGAUGAAGAGUAUGAGAGAGCCUUGGAAGCGGCAGAAAAUGCUUUUAAAACACUGCAGACCUUGAUAAAACAGGGACCAGCACCCGAAUGGAUAAAGGCCCGUUUACAAGCCCUACAUACAACGAUCACUGCUUUGAACAAUUGCAGGCAAUAAAGUACAUGACAGUCUAAAGAAAUUACAACAUCGUUAUUCCUCCCUGCAGCAAGACCAUCAUCACUAUAAUGGAAUUGAUCAGUAAUGUCCGUCAACCAUCUUUUGAGAGUCUAGAAUUGCAUGUGACUAAUGUUCCAGGAUUGAUUUGCAUCAAAUUAACCAUACAUAAUGUACUUGUUGCUCAUUCGUUAGUAAAUUUUUAAUGUGUUUAGAUACAGAUUUAGAAUUUUUUGUUGCUUUCUGAAACAGUAAUUCUGUAAGAGCUAAAGUGAAUCAGCAGUACCUACUUGAGCUAGUCAGGUAGAUAACUGAGCAUCUAAUUGACCAAUAUUUUAAUAAAUCUGUGGUACUGGAGUUAAACAACACAAUUAAGACAGUCACAAAGCUGAUGAAACAACUGUGACCACAGUGCUAAAUUCUCAACUGAGUUCAGAGUCUAAUAAUUGAUGUGAAAGUUGGGAUUACUCAAGCGAAUGUUAUCAAAUUUACACAGGUUUUAUUGAAAGUUCAGAUCAAAAGGGCCACACUUCUCUAGCAUUCUGCAAUUCACCAUAUGUACAGUACCCUCAAAAGAUCCUAAAAGCAGUGCAGAGUUCCAAUGGAACAAAUUCUGUUUAAUAAUGAACAGUACUGAUUCUUAACUCUACCAACAUUUUACAACUGAGUGGAGCUGUGAAUGUCUGAACAUAUGCGAAGCAGGUUUGCUCAGGAUCACCAAAAGAGUCUAGAAUUGCAUGUGACUAAUGUUCCAGGAUUGAUUUGCAUCAAAUUAACCAUACAUAAUGUACUUGUUGCUCAUUCGUUAGUAAAUUUUUAAUGUGUUUAGAUACA